GACGACUUGUUCAGGAAACUAAACGUUUCAUAGAAACCAAAGUCGCCCGACAUGGAAGCAGUUCUCUCUUAAAGGAGGAAAUAAAACACAUUUUGGGCAAAUAGUCUGAGAGAGACAGAAACCACAACAAGGAAUGGCCUCUGCUAACACUUCCUGGUCUGAAGAUAACGUUUCAUGUCCCAUCUGUCUGGAUGUGUUCAGCAGCCCAGUUACCACACCAUGUGGACACAACUUCUGCAAAAACUGUAUUACAAAGCACUGGCAUGAACAAGUCUGGCACAAAUGUCCUGUUUGCAACGAGCCUUUCAACACAAGACCUGAAUUACGGAUCAAUACCCUCUUAUCAGAGAUGGUUGGUCGGUUUGGAAGGGUAAAAGAGCAGCCUUGUGUUGAACCAGAAAAAGUUCCUUGUGAUGUCUGUACUGGGACCCAGAUGAGGGCCGUGAAGUCCUGCCUUGUGUGUCUUAUCUCUUACUGCCAAACCCACCUGGAGCCACAUCAGAGAGUCGCUGUCCUGAAGAAACAUCGGCUGGUCGAGCCUAUGGACCGUCUGGAAGACAGGAUGUGUAAGAAACAUGACCGACUUCUGGAGCUCUUCUGCAACACUGAACAAGUGUGUGUGUGUCAGUUCUGCACAGAGACAGAUCACAAGUUCCAUCCUGUUGUACCUAUAAAGGAGGAAUAUGAAGUGAAGUUGGCCGAGUUUGGGGAGAUUGUGCCUGCAGUUCAGCAGAUGAUCGAGGAGAGAAAACAAAAGAUUAAGGAAAUUAAAGACACAGUUAAACGCAGCAAAGCAGAUGCAGACAGAGAGAUAGCCGAUGGUGUGCAGAUCCUCACUGCUCUGAUGCGCUGCAUUGAAAAGUGCCAGGAUGAUCUCAACCAAAUGGUUAAUGAGAGACUAAAAACCACAGAGAAACAAGCUGAAGACCUCAUCAAAGAACUGGAGCAGGAAAUAGAAGAUCUGACCAAUAGAAGCUCAGAGGUGAAGCAGCUCUCACACACUAAAGACCACUUCCACUUCCUCCAGGCCUUCAGAUUCCUGAAGGAUCCUCCACCCACCAGGGACUGGACGACGGUGGAGGUCCGUCCUCUGUCAUGCCUAGGGACCUUGAGGAAAUCCCUGGAUCAGCUGGAGGAGACACUGAACAUGGAGAUGAAGAAGCUGUGUAAUGAUGCUGAACUGAAGAGGGUCCAGCAGUAUGAAGUAGAUGUGACUCUGGAUCCUGAUACCGCUCAUCCCCAGCUCAUCCUGUCAGAUGAUGGGAAACAAGUACAUCAUGUAGGUGCAAGGAGGACGAUAUUCAACCCUAAGAGAUGGGUUACACAAUGUGUAUGUGUUUUCACAAGGCAGAGCUUCUCCACAGGGAGAUUUUACUUUGAGGUCCAGGUUAAAGACACGACUCAAUGGCAUUUGGGUGUUGCAAGAGAGUCCAUCAAGGGAAAGUUUCUGAGCAUAUUUACCCCUGAGAUAGGUUACUGGACUAUUAAUCUAAACAAGGAUGGGUUGGUAUUUAAGGAUAACCCUGCUGUCCAUGUCCCUCUGAGAGCUGAGCUCCAGAAGGUGGGGGUGUUUGUUGAUUAUGAUGAGGGUCUGGUCUCCUUCUACGAUGUGGAAGCCAGGGUUAAUAUCUACUCUGCUACUGGCUGCACCUUUAGUGAGCCUCUCUAUCCAUUCCUCUGUCCAUGUGAUCAUGAUGUUGCUCCCCUGAUCAUGUCACCUGUCAAUCAAACAGACUAGGAACUUUGUUUGCUGAUAAAAUAAUCAAACAACCAAAACAACUAAUGUUGUUUCCUGAAUUAGAAUCUCUACUAUGAGAUCUGAGAGAACUACCAUAUUUUCCGCACCAUAAGGCGCACCGGAGUAUAAGCCGCAGCAGCUAAAUUGAAUGAUGUGUACAGAUAUAAGCCGCACGCACUGGACUAUAAGCCGCAGGUGUUUUAAUGUUAAAUUACCAUUAGGGCUGGCCCGAAUGCCAUUUUUCAGGCUUCGAAUACUCGUUGGUUUUUCCGAGCGAAUAUUCGAAUACCCGUUCCAGAAAAAAACACCAUCAAAAACAACAUUAAUAAUCCCUAUAUACUCCCUGGAACCGAUUUUGAUAGUGUCUGCAUUUUUAGUUGAAGAUUUAAUAGCUUUUGAACGUUAAUUAGUAGGCCAAAGUAGGUUGAAGUUCCUUAGUUUUUCCCCGUGGAAGCGAACAGCUGUUGUUCCGUUCCAAAUCAGCUGUCUGCUGUCAGCCAUCUCAGCCCUUACGGGAGCUUUUCAAUUCAUCCUGGAACGUACAUCUUUUCAGGGAAUUUGUACAAUAAAUCCACAACAAAUACCGAAUAUUGAUUGUCUUAUGUGUCCACAUUAUAUCCAUUAUAUUGACCGGGUAUUCCCAAGACGCUCACGCUCUGCAGCAAGCCAGUCACAGUUGAUUGGCGCGGCGCUGUACAGCGAACGUAAACAAACAACUAAGCUAAGGUUAGCAUUGCGCUAAGUAUUACUUUUCCUCCCGAGGUCACGCUUAUGUUGUUAUAAAGUAAAGAGAAACAAG